AUGGUACUGGGUCUUGAGGUGUGGGAAGUGAAGGCUUCUACAAAAGCUGGAAUUGCCCUGCUGUAUAACGAGGAGACCAGUAAUACUUAUGAUGUUCGUCUGAAGCUGACAAAAGAGGUGUUGAUCAUACAGAAGCUGGAUGUGGUUUGCACGAGAGGGGGUGACCCACAAUUAAAUCACAGAACUGUCGUUCUCCGAAGGCAGGCUGCUGGAGGUCUGGGUUUAAGCAUCAAAGGGGGUGCUGAGCAUAAAGUGCCUGUGGUCAUUUCAAAGAUGUUUAAAGAUCAAGUAGCAUACCAAACCGGAAAGCUAUUCGUUGGGGACGCCAUGUUACAGAUCAACGGUAUCAAUGUCGAAAACUGUAGUCAUGAAGAAGUUGUUCAUCUCCUGCGGACUGCUGGGGAGGAGGUCACCAUCACUGUGCGGUACCUCAGGGAAGUUCCAUCUUUUCUCAAGCUCCCAUUGGGCUCUCCUGUACCAUCCUCUGGUCAAAGAGUCUCUUCCCCACUAUUUGACAGUGGUUUACAUUUAAAUGGGAAUUCUAGCAACACAGCUCCAUCCUCGCCCUCCAAACCCUCGGCUAUUGAACCAAAGUACGAGAAGCGCUGGCUGGAUGCAGUGUCCCUACCCUUGUUGAUGGCCCGAGUCUCCAAAUACAAAGCCGGAACGGCUAAAUUGAGGUCGAACAGCUUUGAAGUCUGCGCCUUAGAUGGAACGAGCACCAACAUUCUACAAUUUUGCACUGCAGCAGAAAGCAUUGACUGGCUUCAAGCAAUAUCAACCAAUAUCAGUGAUUUGACACUGGAGAAUAUGAAAAUGAUUAACAGAUAUUGCUCUCCGGAUGAUCAGAUUGUCCACAUGGCUUGGGUGUGUGAAAACCCUCAAGCUAAUGAUGCUGGUUCAUCAAGUACCUUCAAGUUCCUGGCAUUGAGAGGACCUUCGCUCUACAUCUUCAGGAGUCCUCCUGUUAGUGGAACAGACUGGGGACAAGCUGAAAAUAUGUAUACCCUCUAUGAGGUUCUGUUAAAGGUUCACAAGCUAUGUGUGACGGAGGACUGUUGGAUACAGGCCAAGUUCUACCUUGGUCUCCAGCAGGAUGAGGAUCUGCAGGACGGAGAGCCUUUCUGUUUCAGUAUCCUGGUCGGCCACGGCCAGAGUCACACCUUCAGUGUGGAGAUGACCUCUGACCUCGCCGUGUGGGAGAAGUCCUUCCAAAGAGCCGUCUUCAUGGAGGUGCAGAGAGUAGGGUCAAAGACCUACAUGUGCAGCAGCCAGAGUAAAGUACUGUGUUUGACCGUAGACUUUGGAUCAGGCUUCACUUGUUCUGAGAGCUCCUCGAAGAGUAUAUUAUGGAGAUACAAAUUCUCUCAACUGAAAGGCUCCUCUGAUGAUGGGAAAACAAGGGUGAAACUCCUCUUCAAGAACGCUGAAAACAAACAGAUCGAGAUGAAGGAGCUGGAGUUUGGCAAUCUGACAGCAGUCCUCCAUUGUAUUUCCUCUUUUAUGGCUGCCAAAGUGGCCUCUGUGGACCCGGUCUUUGUCAAGUGUCAAAGCAUCUCUGGAAAGUACAUGAGUUAGACACUUCCAUGUACAUGUUAGUCACAUAAGCUAAUCGACUAUUUUAUGCACAUUCAAAUGAUAUGUAUUUCUUGUUCCUGUUAUUUUUGUAAGGCUCUUAUUAAAUAAUAAAUAAAUAAAAAAUUAAAAAAAUAAAAUAAAA